AUGAGCCAGUUAAUUGAGGCAUACAACGACCAACGGGCUGCUCUUAUUGACGCUGACCGCGCGCUGCGGGUCGACCGCAUCCGAGGGCCUUACCACACGGUCCUGGAGAUCAAAGCAGACCAGAUCGUUCGUUCGAUCCGCGCAGAAGAGGCGCGCACUGUGUGGGGCGUGGAACAUGACGAUGUCCCGAGCCCGUUCCCAGGAAUGGAGUUCAUCACUGGAAAGAAGAUCGUCGUUAAGACGAAGUUAUUCCAGCUUUUGAGCAAGAUGCCCAAAGGUGCUCUUCUACACACACAUGUAGACCUCUCCGUCAGUCCGCGUGCCACGCUUGACAUUGCUCUUCACCACCCUGCGAUCCACAUCCAAGUGCCACCAGCACUCACCACAUCUAAUCUGGCGAGCACUGUACCUCGGGUCAUGCCACAGGCCUCUGACUUCUCUGCGUGUACCGUUGCCCUCACAGAUCCGAACUAUCCGGGUGACUCAUGGGUUCCCCUUCGCUUUGCGCGCGAGUCGUUUAGCCCUAACAUGGGCGGACCCGAGGGAUUUGACAAAUGGCUGACGGAGUCGAUGUCAAUAAGCUCGAUUGCCGCCUACGAUACACACAAUAACAACAUCAAAAUUUGGGAUAAGUUCGCUGAGUCAGCGAAAUUAGUCUGCGUUAGUGGAAUGACACACUAUGCACCUAUGUGGCCAGAGUACAUCAAACAGUUCUUCAAAGAGAUCGUAGAGGAUGGCAUAUCGUAUGCUGAAUGCAGAUUCGAUUUCACUCCAAAGCACUUCAUGGAUGCCGAGGGACAGGACACCGCCACCCAUCUCCAAUGGAUCAAAGUCUUCCGGGAUGUCGCAAAGGAAUAUAAAGAAGAACUACAAGCGCAGGGUCGAGGCGACGAGUUUGCUGGCGCGAAGAUGAUCUAUACGGUGAUCCGUCGUGUAACCCCGGGAGAACUAGAAUGGUAUCUCCAGGACUGCAUAGCCAUGAAACAGGAGUUUCCAGAUGUGAUUGCAGGCUUUGACCUUGUUGGCGAUGAAAACGCUAACCGUCCCUUGAUCUAUUACUUGUCUCCGCUUCUGACCUUUAGAGCAGAGUGCGAUUCGCUCAGUCUCGACAUUCCAUUCCUCUUCCAUGCCGGCGAGACGUGUGGUGAUGGCUCACACGCGGACGUGAAUUUAUACGAUGCCUUGCUACUAGGAUCUAAGCGGAUCGCUCAUGGGUUUUCAAUAGUCAAGCAUCCUAAGUUGAUGGAGAUGUGCAGAGAGAGAAAUGUGGCACUUGAAGUCUGCCCUAUCUCCAACGAGAUACUACGUCUCACUGCUUCAAUGCCGAUGCACCCUCUUCCGAUCCUGUUGAAUAACGGUGUGCCAGUAACGCUGAACUCCGACGAUGGCACGCUCUUCAAUAACGUUGGCAUUACGUAUGACAUGUACCAAGUCAUCGCCGCUAGCGAUGUCACCGGUCUCCUAACGCUUGCAGAACUUGCACGCGAUAGUAUCACACACUCGAUGAUGUCGGAGGACGAGAAGAAGAUGGCGAGGGAGGCAUGGGAGAAGCGAUGGAUACUCUUCCUCGAGAACGUGGUGUCUCUGGAAGCCCAAACGGGGGUCGAUGCGCCCCUCAGAAACUGA